AAGCGCAGUCGGUCCAGCGCGUCUCGGCGCAUCUUUCACACUCGUUGUUUCUUAGAUAUUGCAGGGACGGUAGCUAUCCUACCUGACACCUCAGCAUGGAUGCUCUGAAAUCAGCCGGGAGAGCAAUUAUCAAGAGCCCGGGAGUUCCGCGACACACAUGGGGAACAUCCAAGCACGAGAAGCUUCCGGAGAACUGGACAGACACGAAGGAGACGCUGUUGGAGGGUAUGGUGUUCAGUCUGAAGUACUUGGGCAUGACACUGGUCGGGCAGCCCAAAGGGGAGGACAUGGCGUCUGCCGCUAUCCGACGGAUUGUGUCCAUGGCACGGGCCGGAGCAAAGAAGUUCCGGAAAGUGACUCUCACAGUGUCCCCGAAAGGGAUCAUCAUCUCAGACACAGAGACCAAUGAGCUCAUCGAGAACGUGUCCAUAUACAGAAUCUCUUACUGCACUGCCGACAAGACUCAGGACAAAGUGUUCGCCUAUGUCUCGCAGAGCCAGUUCAAUGAAACGCUGGAGUGCCACGCCUUCCUGUGUCCCAAGAAGAAGAUAGCUCAGGCCGUAACGCUGACAGUGGCUCAGGCCUUCAAAGUAGCCCUGGAUUUGUGGGAAAUUGCUCAGGAAGACAAAAAUAAGAAAAUGCACUCGUGCUGUUCCUGUUCAGUCAACGACUGCCAGGUGGAGAGAACAGAGAGAUCGCCGCACUGUGGUCCAGAUUCUGAGAAACACAAAGCCCUCAGUAAAGAGGAGAAACUGAGGAAGCCAUUUUUCUCCGCGUCAUUUCACUCGCCCUCACCGCGUGGCCACCCAAAGCAAAGACGGCCAAUCAAACACGACUCCUGGGAUGUGGAUGACGGACUUGAUGACGCCUUCUCGAGCAGUAUGGAUGUCGAAGAUAUGGACACAGGUAAGUGAGACUGGCAGAGUCCCGCUCCAGAACGCUGUCUGAGAAUGCAGCUCUGAGUCCACUGGAGGCUGCCCAACAGGGACUAACGUCCAGGAGCAGGGGACAUUCAGAAUGAAGACUUACAGAAAUACUACAUCUCCCAGAAUCCACCUCCACCCCCCAACAGAAAAACUCACCUUUCAAGAUCACGGUCUGACCUUGUAACCUGGAAAUGGACAUAGUUAUCCUGUGACUAAGAAGACCAGGGGAUUAGUUUUGGCUGGAUUUUACUCUUUGUUCUCUUUGUUAAAGAACUCACAUUAGACAAGUCUGAAUUAGUACUGGUUACAUCCAAUUUCAAAAUUUAUUUACUAAAUGCAAAGUCAAAAACUUAACUCUGGAUCCCAAGUCCAAAAAGUAACCACCUAGAUAUCCAACUAACAGGUAUCUUAAAAUUCUGAGCAAAUCUAGACAGCCAAUCAGCUGUCUGAAGAGGCAAGGUAGGUGAAAAUAUAUUUGCUAACUAGUUAAUGAUUGUAUUUGUUAACUAGCCAACAACUGGGAAUUUGAAAUAUGAAUUCACUACUGGUAUGUUUA